AUGAGUCUGGUCACAUCUUCCACGGGCUUGAUCCCGACGGCCUCGUCUGCGCUGACUGCAGCAGCAGCAACUGCGACGGAGUGCCCGUAUCAACCAGAGACGGUCGGUCAAGACUGGAACUGGUAUGGGUGCUACACCGAGGCGACUGGGGCGCGGGCGCUGUCCUCAGGGACAUUGGCCGACGACGACAUGACGCUGGCCAUGUGUGCCUUGUUCUGCUCCGGGUACACGUACUUUGGGGUGGAAUACUCGAGGGAGUGCUAUUGUGGUGACAAGCUCAAUGCAGGUUCGGUGGUGGCUGGCGACGAAGAGUGCACGAUGAUAUGCGGAGGAUCCGAGUGUAACUACUGUGGCGCUGGCGACCGCCUGUCGAUCUACACCACGGCUGGGGAUGCAUCCACCCCUCCCUCCGGGACCGAGGUGGAGCCAACCUCGACGACAUCUGGUGGCCCAACUGCCCCUACAGGCAUCCCGGAUGGUUGGGACUACUAUGGAUGUUGGGUCGACGGCGCAGCCGGCCGCAUUCUUAACUAUCAGGCCCCCGACGAUGACGAGCUCACCACUCAGUCCUGCAUCAACACCUGCGCAGACCUCGGAUACACCAUAGCCGGUGCCGAAUACCAAAGCCAGUGCUUCUGCGGAGACAACAUAGUCAACGGAGGAGUCAAGGCCACCAGCGAGGACCAGUGCAGCACUCCCUGCGGCGGCGACUCGGACGAGACCUGCGGAGGUCCCGACAGGAUGAGCAUCUUUUCUGUUGGCGAGCCCGUCGUCCGGGCGGCCCCCGGUGCCACCGCCAACGUCGGCAACUGGACCUACCAGGGCUGCGCCCAGGACAACGUAGACGACAAGCGCACCUUUGAAUGGCAGCUCAUUUACCAAGACACCCUCACGCCCAAGAUCUGCACUGACGCCUGUGCCGCGUUCGGCUACAUGGCCGCCGGCAUGGAGUACGGUUCCGAGUGCUACUGCGGCGACCCGGCCAACAUGGCCACUGUCGGAUCCAAGUUCGUCGACGACUCGCAGUGCAACGUCGCCUGUGCUGGCGACGGCGACGCCAUCUGCGGCGGCGGCUCCCUUCUGACCACCUACUUCUGGGAGGGCGACCCGUUCUACUCCUGGACCUUUCCCGAGGAGGGCUCCGCGGCGGCUGGCCGGUACGAGCUGCUCAUCGGCGGCGUCGUCAUCCCCCUCAUGACCUCCCAGGCCGUCACUGGCAAGGUGACCUUCCUGGAGAAAUGGGGCACGGGACCCCCCAACUCGACGGGCGCCUACGAGCUGGACCUGUCCGUCAUCGAUGACUUCGACGCCGCCUGGCGCACCAUGCACGUCAAGACGGACCUGUUCUGCGCCGGAGGCGUGACCCUUCCGGACAAGGCCGGACGGCAGCUGAACGUGGGCGGCUGGUCGGGCGACUCUACCUUUGGCGUGCGGCUGUACCUGCCCGACGGCUCCCCCGGAGUCAAGGGUACCAACGACUGGGAGGAGAAUGCCGACGUGCUCAAGCUCCAGGACGGCCGCUGGUACCCCUCCACGCUCAACAUGGCCAACGGCUCGAUCCUGGUGGUUGGCGGCGAGGAAGGGUCCAACAGCGCACCCGUACCGACGCUGGAGAUCCUGCCGGCCACGGGCACGGCUCCGCUGUACAUGGACUGGCUGGAGCGCACCGACCCCAACAACCUGUACCCGUUCCUGGCCGUGCUCCCGUCGGGCGGCAUCUUUGUGGCGUACUGGAACGAGGCGCGGAUCCUGAACGAGGACACGUUCAGCACCAUCAAGACGAUGCCAGACAUCCCGGGAGCCGUCAACGACGCCAAGGGCGGACGCACGUACCCCCUCGAGGGCACGGCCGUCCUGCUGCCCCAGCACGCCCCCUACACCGACCCGGUGGGCGUGCUCAUCUGCGGCGGCUCGACCGAGGGUCCGGGCAACGCGCUGGACAACUGCGUGUCCAUCCAGCCGGACACGGAGAACCCGGAGUGGGUGCUGGAGCGCAUGCCGUCGAAGCGGGUGAUGACGUGCAUGGCGCCGCUGCCGGACGGGACGUACCUGAUCCUCAACGGCGCCCAGCACGGCGUGGCCGGCUUCGGGCUGGGGACCAACCCCAACCUCAACGCGCUCCUGUACGACCCGACCAAGCCGGUGGGCAGCCGGAUCACCGUCAUGGCCAACACCACGGUGCCGCGCCUCUACCACUCCGAGGCCAUCACGCUGCUCGACGGCCGCGUCCUCGUCUCCGGGUCUGACCCGCAGGACGGCGUCAACCCCCAAGAGUACCGCGUCGAGGCCUUCAUCCCGCCCUACCUGCUCGGCGGCAAGACGCGCCCGACCUUCACCGUCCAGGAUAAGGACUGGGCCUUUGAGCAGGUCGUCCCCUUUACCCUGGGCGCCGCGUCGCGCAACGGCGCCAUCACAGCCUCCCUGCUGGGCUCCGUGUCCAGCACCCACGGCAAUUCGAUGGGCGCCCGGACCCUGUUCCCCGCCGUCUCCUGCGCGGGCACGUCUUGCACCGUCACCGCACCGCCCGGCCCGUACAUCUGCACCCCCGGGUGGUACCAGUUCUUCGUGCUGGACGGGGGGAUCCCUGCCGUGGGUGUGUUUGUGCGCAUCGGUGGUGAUCCUGGCAAGAUCGGGAACUGGCCUGCUGGAGGGGACUUUACACUUCCAGGUGUCUAA